UUUCGAAUGAUAUUUUUAUUCGUUAUAAAAGAAUUUUCAUUUAAGUACAUCUAACGUGUGUACAUGAUGCAUUUGUAAAAUAUUUAAUACCGAAAGUAACCUUAUUGCCUUACGAAACCAACGGAACGUGUAAGCUAAUAAGAUUUAUUGCGUGUUCGUUGUUUUCUGUAUGCGCAAUAAACAAAUAACGAUUCUAUUUUUAAACCUUAUCGUUGUGUACGUCCUAAAAUAUCAUCCAUCAUUUUCUUUCUUUACGUUUUUGAUUUAUCAACGACUUACGCGUGGUUCUCACCAGCGUUUCGCGUUUGUGAGGUUAGGUUAGGAUGUUGAUGCACGAUUGCCGGGUGAUAAGGUUAAGGAGAAACGAAUAACUUUUCAAUCAACUUUAUUAGAUUUUUUAUAUCACAAUUUUGUAUCUAUAACGUGUGUAAAAAUGGGUGAAAUGAAAAUGAAUGCCUACGAUGGCAUCAAGACGGAGCAAAAAUAUAACAAAGUAGUAAAACAUAUACAGGAUAAAUGGAAACUUGUGCCUGCUUUUCUUAAGGGCAAAGGUCUCGUGAAACAACACAUUGAUUCGUUUAAUUACUUCAUAAACGUAGAAAUAAAAAAGAUCGUGAAGGCGAACGAGAAAGUACUUAGCGACGCGGACCCUUUGUUUUAUCUAAAAUAUUUAAACGUACACGUCGGCUUGCCAGAUGUCGAGGAAGGUUUCAAUGUAACUCGGUCCACUACUCCCCACGAAUGUCGUUUGAGAGAUUUAAAUUAUUCCGCCCCGAUUACGGUGGACAUCGAAUACAUCAGAGGACAUCAGCCGAUAAUUAGAAAUAACUUAUUGAUCGGAAGAAUGCCUAUUAUGUUAAGAAGUUCGAAUUGCGUAUUAAAUGGUAAAUCCCAUUUUGAACUGGCAAAGAUGAACGAAUGUCCGCACGAUCCCGGUGGUUAUUUCGUGAUAAACGGUCAGGAGAAAGUAAUUCUUAUACAGGAACAAAUGCUUAAGAAUAGAAUCAUUUUGGAAGAAGAUAGUAAAGGGUACAUUGUAGCGUCCUGUAACAGUUCUACUCACGAAAGGAAAACAAAAACUAACAUCGUUGGUAGAGCUGGAAGGUAUUACAUGAGGCAUAACAUGUUUCAAGACGAUAUUCCCGUGACGAUAAUAUUUAAAGCGAUGGGAAUUGUGAGCGAUCAAGAGAUUAUGCAAUUGAUCGGCACGGAAGAAGAAUUUAUGAAAAAAUUUGCACCCAGCUUGGAGGAGUGUCAUGUCCUGAAUGUUUUUGCUCAAAAUCAAGCUUUAAGGUUUCUCAGUAAUAAAAAGAAACAGAAAAGAUAUUCGGUAAUAAAGGCUAGCAUCACGGAUGAAAUGAGAGACGUGUUAGCGACUAACAUUUUAUCUCACGUUCCUGUUAUAGAUUUUAAUUUCAAAGUGAAAGCAACUUACAUCGCUUUGAUGAUCCGUAAAGUUAUGAAAGCACAGUGCGAUGGUAAACUUGUAGACGAUAGAGAUUAUUAUGGUAACAAACGAUUAGAACUGGCAGGUUCCCUAUUGUCUUUGAUGUUCGAAGAUUUGUUUAAAAGAUUCAAUUGGGAGUUGAAACAAAUAGCUGACAAAAACAUACCAAAAAUUAAAGCUGCACAAUUCGACAUUGUAAAGCACAUGAGACAGGAUCAAAUUACCAAUGGAUUGGCUUUUGCUAUAUCUUCCGGUAAUUGGACAAUCAAACGAUUCAAAAUGGAACGACAUGGCGUUACUCAAGUGUUGUCCAGACUCUCGUAUAUCUCGGCGCUUGGUAUGAUGACGCGAGUUAAUUCACAGUUUGAGAAAACCAGAAAAGUGUCUGGUCCCCGAUCUUUGCAACCGUCGCAAUGGGGAAUGCUAUGCCCUAGCGACACCCCCGAAGGAGAAGGUUGCGGUUUGGUGAAGAAUUUGGCUCUUAUGACGCACAUUACUACAGAAAUUGACGAGGAACCGAUCAUAAGAUUAGCAUUCAACUUGGGUGUCGAAAACGUAAACAUUCUUGGCGGAGAAGAGAUCAAUAAUAAAAAUGUUUACAUGGUAUUUCUAAAUGGUAAUAUUUUGGGCGUAGUAAAAAAUUACCGGAGGCUCGUGUAUGUGUUCAGAUUGCUGCGUAGAAAAGGUCUUAUAAAUGGUUUUGUUUCGAUAUAUACGCAACACCAACACAGAUGCAUUCAAAUCAGUUCCGACGGGGGACGGCUGUGCAGGCCAUACAUUAUUGUACAAAAUGGAGAGCCUCUUGUGCAAGAAGAACAUAUAAAAUUCCUUGAACAAGGUGUACGAUGUUUUGAGGAUUUCUUACAAGAUGGCUUGAUCGAAUACUUGGACGUGAACGAAGAAAAUGAUAGCACCAUCGCGUUCGACGAAACGCACAUUCAUAAUAGAACCACACAUUUAGAAAUCGAACCCUUCACGUUACUUGGAGUCUGUGCUGGAUUGGUACCGUAUCCUCAUCAUAAUCAAAGUCCAAGAAACACUUACCAAUGCGCUAUGGGUAAACAGGCAAUGGGGACCAUCGCUUAUAAUCAGCGGAAUCGAAUCGAUACAUUGAUGUACAAUUUGGUGUAUCCUCAAGCGCCUAUGGUGAAAUCUAGAACGAUAGAAUUGAUUAAUUUCGAUAAAUUACCAGCUGGCCAGAACGCAACAGUGGCUGUCAUGUCGUACAGCGGUUACGAUAUCGAAGAUGCUCUUAUCUUGAAUAAAGCUUCGAUCGAUAGAGGGUUUGGUAGAUGUUUGAUAUAUCGAAAUGCGAAAUGCACGUUGAAAAGGUACGCUAAUCAAACGUACGACCGAAUAAUGGGUCCAUUGAUAGAUUCGACCACGAAGAAAUCAGUUUGGAAGCAUGAUAUUAUCGAUAGCGAUGGAAUUGCCGCGCCCGGCGAAAUGGCGGAGAACAGGAAGGUAAUGGUAAAUAAAUCAUCACCUUCUGCAAAUAUUGGUCCAGUGAAUUCCGGUAAUGUGCAAACACAAACCGAGUACAAGGAUGUUCCAGUUGUAUUUAAGGGUCCCGUUCCUGCGUACGUUGAGAAAGUCAUGAUCUCCAGCAAUGCGGAGGAUGCAUUUUUGAUCAAAUUAUUAUUGAGGCAAACUCGACGACCCGAAAUAGGCGACAAGUUUAGUAGUCGACACGGACAGAAGGGCGUAACUGGAUUGAUCGUGGAACAAGAAGAUAUGCCGUUCAACGAUUACGGUAUAUGCCCCGACAUGAUUAUGAAUCCCCAUGGUUUUCCCUCGCGUAUGACAGUCGGUAAAUUGAUAGAAUUGCUCGCUGGCAAAGCUGGCGUUGUGAAAGGACAGUUUCAUUACGGCACAGCCUUUGGGGGUUCGAAAGUGGAAGACGUCUGCGAGGAAUUGAUAAAGCACGGUUACAACUAUUUAGGUAAAGACUUCUUUUAUUCUGGUAUUACGGGGGAACCGUUACAAGCCUAUAUUUAUUCAGGCCCGGUUUAUUAUCAAAAGUUGAAGCACAUGGUGCAGGAUAAAAUGCACGCUCGCGCACGUGGUCCAAGAGCCGUCUUAACGCGUCAGCCAACCGAAGGUCGUGCCAAAGAGGGGGGUUUACGAUUAGGUGAAAUGGAACGGGACUGUUUGAUCGGAUACGGUGCCAGCAUGAUGCUGUUAGAGCGUCUCAUGAUAUCUAGCGAUGCGUUCGAUGUUGACGUAUGCAACAAAUGUGGUUUGAUGGCGUAUAGCGGCUGGUGUCACAGUUGUCGUUCCAGUUCGUGCGUUUCCACGAUUUCCAUGCCCUACGCCUGCAAGUUACUUUUCCAAGAACUACAAUCUAUGAACAUCGUACCACGUUUGACGUUGAAAAAUUAUUGCGAAUAAUUUUGUACACUCUCGAUAACUGCUUGAAAAGAUACUGCGAUUUAUACAUGUAAAUAUAUUUAUAUUAUCGUAAACAUACCAACAGUUUCUGCUUAUUUUAAAAGGUAUACACAGUUGUAACAAAAUCGGAGUUAA